AUGGCGAAGGAGACGCGAGGAAUAAACUGGAACAGCGAGGAAAUUAUUGAACUCAUUGAAAGUUGGGCGUCAGAAGAAAUUUCUAAUGAUUUUUCCGGAGUUUAUAGAAACAAGCAUGUCUAUGAAAAAAUUGCCAUUGCUUUGAGAGGGAAAGGAAUUGACAGGACCUGGGAAUCCUGUCGAACCAAAAUUAAAGGACUAAGGCAGGCAUACUUGAGGGCAAAGCUCCAUAAUAAUACUUCAGGCCAGUCCAGAAGUCGUUUUGUCUAUUUUGACAGGCUGGACGAAUUCCUUGGAUCGAAACCUCUCAUAGAACCAUCCGUCCUUGUCGACACUACUGAGAACGUGGAAGAAAAAGUUGCAGUCGAUACAAAUAAUGACCAGAAGAAGGACACAGCAGAGAAAGCCAUCGUCAAAGUGGAGAAGGACGAAGACAAUGGAAAGAAAGACGGAGAGAAUGGAGAUAACUUCGUACAUGCCCUCGUUGACAUGGAGGAGAGGCAGACUAAAUACCAAUUUGAUCAGGAAGAGAAGAGAAGGAGGCUGGAGGACGAAGCCGAACAAAGACGAAUGGAAAGUGAGCGGCAGUUCCAACUACAACUCUAUCAAAUGCAGGCACAGAUGCAGAUGCAGAUGGCCUCAAUAUUUAUGGGCACUCCAGCUCCCGGACCAGCACAAGCUCCAGGGUCAGCAGGAGACAACGAAUCAAAUAUCCCUAUACAGGAAGCUCUCUAUCACGCUGACUAUUUCGAUCUAUGA